UUACCCUGUUGGUUCACCAGGGAGUAGCAUCUGGGCUUAUACACCAGGGAGCAGCGGUGACUGGAUCCCAAGUAGCAACUUAGAGGACAUACCAGGCACAGCAGCUAACAGGAUGCCUAACUUCCCCCAUCAAGACACUGUCAAGAGAGGAUGGCUUCCAAAUGAACAAACACCUGUCAGCCGGUUUGGUGAGCAACAUGAGCCAAUGUCUGGCAUGCAUCAUAACAUGGCCAUGGGAGAUGGGGGAGGGGUGACAGCUCAUGGAAUGGCAGGAACGGUCUGGAACCCUGUAGCCACCAUGCAACUUCAUGGCACCAAUCCAAAGGUUUGGGGAGCAUCACGGAGCCAGUCAGUCAUGUGACAUGAGAACACCUCUCCAUCCAUUCCUAUAGAGGGCGCUGUUCGUCACAGCUGCAGCAUCCACAAGAGAUAGUUAAGUUAAUUAAUUUUUCUUAGAUGGUCAACAGCCAUAGAGGGCGCCAUGAUGCUAUCUGGUUUGUUCACAGACAUAUAAACACAUAGACCGCCAGUCGUACGCGUGAAACCGUGAUUUAAUAAUUGAGCAAAAUGUUUGUUGACAGCGCGCAUAACUGCGAUGCCACUCAAUGCGCCAACGCGCUUAGUACAGUACAUACAUUUAAAUACAGUUCAUAAAUUAUUUUGGUAAAGGCUGUAUUACUCAAAAGUUGCUUGAAAAUGUUGGGUACUGUAUUGUUUUUUAAUCUACGGAAAUCAUAUUUAGUUCACAAGGGAUUGGUUUACAAUCAAAAACUUUACAAUUUUUUUUUUACAUGUUUGACUGGAAUUCGUCAACUGUGUGUAAAAACCCUAUAUACCGAGAGGUGAAUUUGCCCAUAGUUUUGAUUUUAGUCGGGCGCUAGGCAAAUCACGAAAUGCUCAUGUAGUUUUGAAUAGGACCUGGCGGUCUAUGCAGUUAUGUCUGUGGGUUUGUUGCCUUACCAACCAAAAAAUUUGCUGACAGCAUAAUUCAGAGAAAAAGAAUGAAAAUGAAAUAAUUAGGCCUUGGAAUAAAAAAAAUUGUAUGAAUUCUGUGGAAUUGAAGAUGAUUGUAAACUGCGAGUAGUUUGUAUUUAACUUUAUUUAUGUUAGGCCAAAAAAAAAAAUAGUCGGUCUCUGGUCAGUGCGCGCGUCGAUUUUAAUCAUGCGCAUCAAUCUUUUUUAUUUCCAAAAUGUUCCGCGGUAGCUCCAACAGCACCCUCUAUUGCCGCACCUCCUCAAAUGUUUUUACCAAAGAGCAUCAAGGAAUGGGAAAUUGCACCAAGGCAAAUAAUCGAGGGCAUCAAGGCAAAUUAUGCAGGACACCAAUGUACAUGAGGACACCAAAAAAAGUACCCCACCUUGUCUGUAUAAUCAAAGCUUGAAAAAAACAAACAAACAAAGCUGCGUCGCCGCAUCAAUUCCAGAACUUUGGUCUGACAAGAGACUGAGUAUUGUUUUUUUUGGCCUUACUGUAAAGCAAUUGAAAAAUCCUUUGCUUCUUUGUUGGCUGAAUGUUGUAUGUAAAAAAGAUGAUAGGCUACUAAUGUUAAAUUUGAAGUUAAUUGAAACCAAUCUUGGAAACUGUCAGUUGAAGAGAUGUUUUGUUGACAAGUACAUGUCAACAUUAAAGCUCAGUGAACCUGGGUGACCUUUGACCUCUGUUGUCUCAAUAGUAGUUUAUCAGUUAAAAUGUCCAUUCCAUAGAGCUGUAGUAAAUUAUGAGAGCGUUUACUCCUCAUUCCCUUGCACACUUCAAAGUUGUCUGAGCUCAACACAGUGCUUGAAGAAUGUACAUGUAGCGAGAUCAAUGUGCAAGUCACGUCGCCAAUAUGACAUCAAUUCUUUUGAGUUUUGUGCGCUUAAUGUGUUGCCAAAAUGUUACAGAUACAUGGCUGAGCAGGCACGUGAUCUACAGUGAAAA